AUGGAGUUCACCUGCACUUGUUACCUAAUCCUGGUAUCUUACUGGUUUCUGUUGCUGAGAAUGAAAGCAGUUGACUUCUGUGAGUGCUUUAAUUCUCCAUAUGGCACGAAAUAUUUUCCUGAAUAUGCAGAGAAAAUUCCUGGUGAAUCUACACAGAAGCUUUCUGAAGUAGCAAAAGAAUGCAACAUAUAUCUCAUUGGAGGCUCCAUCCCUGAAGAGGAUUCUGGGAAAUUAUAUAACACCUGUGCUGUGUUUGGGCCUGAUGGAACUUUGCUAGUAAAGCACAGGAAGAUCCACCUGUUUGACAUUGAUGUUCCUGGGAAAAUUACAUUUCAAGAAUCUAAAACAUUGAGUCCUGGUGAUAGUUUCUCCACGUUUGAUACUCCUUACUGCAAAGUGGGCCUGGGCAUCUGCUAUGACAUGCGUUUUGCAGAGCUUGCGCAAAUCUACGCACAGAGAGGCUGCCAGCUGUUAGUGUAUCCUGGAGCUUUCAAUUUGACCACGGGACCAGCCCACUGGGAGCUGCUUCAACGAGGCCGGGCUGUGGAUAAUCAGGUGUAUGUGGCGACAGCCUCCCCAGCUCGGGAUGACAGCGCCUCCUACGUGGCUUGGGGACACAGCACCGUCGUGAAUCCUUGGGGAGAAGUCCUGGCCAAAGCUGGCACUGAAGAAAUGAUUCUGUUUUCUGACAUAGACUUGAAGAAGUUGGCUGAAAUACGUGAGCAAAUACCCAUUUUUAAACAGAAACGAUCAGACCUUUAUGCAGUGGAAACAAAAAAACCUUAAGGUUUGUUUCCAGCAUGUCAUUAAACAGGAAGAUAC